AUCUGGCGGAGUGAGCGCGCGGGCGAAAUCGCGUCCCCACCUGCACACGGAUCCGCUGCUGCACGCCUGCUCACCUGCUCACCUGCUCACCUGCACACCUGCACGCGACUAACACCUCCUGCGUGCAUCCUCCCGCUCGCAUUCACCGUGCACACCGCCUGGAGCCACGCGCGCCUCGACCAACGCGCACGCGUCCCGUUCAUAGAUUUCGUCACACCUGUCACGUCACUCAUUCUGUCUCCGCGACAUAUCACCGCAGCGCGCGCGCGCGCGUGUGUGUGUGUGCAUCUCUAUAUCUCGCUCUGUACAUCAUCUCUCGUAUCUCCGCGCUAUAUUUAUAUUAUCAUCUUUAUAUCGGCUGUCGAACUCGCUCUCCUUCCCCUCGUCUCCUCUCUCACUUUGCGCUGCCCCCUUCCAUCUCUCUGUCUCUCUCUCUCUAUCUCCAUCUUUCAUAAUUUCCCGUCUCUAUCUCAUCCUAUCGCGUUUGAUCCAUAUCCCAUACACGCCGACCCGGCUCAUCUACCUGUGUUUCCCCUCACCUCUACCCCAUUUUUACCACUCAAAUCUCCAUCGCGUCUCAUCCUCUAACCUUUAUUUUCCCAUCUCCUAUCUCUUUCAUCUCCCUCUAUCUCUCUUCCUCGGCCAUCUCCCUCGGCCAUCUCCCUCUGACUCAACAUUAUUCUAUCGCCGUCACUACUAAUAUCUCUCUCCCUCUAAUCCUCAUCUGUGCUGUAAUCUCUCACGCAGCCUCAUCUCCUCUGCCCUCUCCUCCUCUCAAACCCUCCCCUAUCCCAGUGUCCUCUCAUCUCCAUUUCUCUCCACAAUCUCCCAUCUCUCUCUCUCUCUACCUCAGUCUCCUCCGACUACCUCGGAUCUGUCACCUCCACCUGCCCCUCAAUUUCCCUGCAUCCCAUCAUCUCCUGUCUUCUCUUUCUCAACAUCUCCUAACCUGCUCCUCAUCCUCUCUGCUCCAUCUCUCCAUCUAAAUCCAUCGUCGAACCUCCUCACCCCCCCCACCCCCCUGCGUCACCCCCAUGGGAGGUCAUCCCCGUGUCCCGCGCAUCGCGGGCGGCCCCUCCCGGGUCCUGCUCUGCCUCGUCUCUCUUGGGGUCGUGGCCACCGUGGUACCGGGGGGAAGCAGCCCAGCGGUGGCUUCCAAGGUCGCGCCGAGGGCAGCUGACCCCGCGCGCGUCCAUCCUGAACCUCAGCAGCAACCGCAGCGCUUCGUGUGCACCGCCAUGCCCGUGGAGAUGGACAACAUCCCUUGUGCUGCUCCAACAUCCUGGAUGGCCUCCAACAUUGGUACCUUCUCCCCGCCAUCAUCGUCAUCAUCGUCGUCUUCGUCAUUGUCGUCAUCGUCAUCAUCAGCCAUCGGCUCGCAUCUCCGCGAGAUCGUGAGGCAGCACAAGGAGACCAUCUCUCGCCAGCGGGAAGCCAUCAAGGAGCUCACGACCAAGUUGAGUCGCUGCGAGUCCGGAGGCCACAGGGGAUCGGCGGGACUGCGCAAGGGCCAGCCGCAGCCGCAGCAGCAGCAGCAGGAGGAGGAGGCGACGGGGUUGGCGGGCAGCAGGCACGCGGAGCUCGAGGGAGCUGCGGGGAUGAGGAAUACCAUGGGAGACCCUCCGCGAGAUUCGACCGAGAUGUUGGAGGAGCUGGGAAAGACCACACAGGCGCUCAAGGACAGGCUGGAGCACCUGGAGACGCACGCGGCACCGGGCCGCACCGAUUGGGCGACGGCCGCGCGCGACGCCGUGCGCGAGCUGCUGGAGUCGCGCGCGCUCGAGCUCACGGGGAACCGCACUGCGCAUGCGCGGAUCGACAAAGCCCUCGGAGAGCUGAGACACCGGAUUGCAGGCAUCGAGAAGGGUGUCGACGUUGACGCGGCUGCGCCACCAGCGCCACCAGCGCCACCGCCGGACGCCUUCAAGGUGUCGUUCCCGCUGCGCACCGACUACAUGGUGGCUCGGGCCGCCGCCUCGCUGCCCGAGAUGCACGCGUUCAGCGCCAGCCUCUGGCUGCGCUCCUCGGCGUCGGGCGGCGUGGGCACGCCGCUGUCGUACGCCGUGCCGCGCCAGUCCAACGAGAUCGUGCUCAUGGAGUGGGGCCACAACCCCGUGGAGCUGCUCGUCAACGACAAGAUGGCUCAGCUACCGCUGUCGCUGAACGACGGCCGGUGGCACCACGUGGUGGUGACCUGGACGUCGCGGGACGGGGUGUGGGAGGCCUUCCAGGACGGCGCCCUGCGUGGCACGGGCGACGCCCUCGCGCCGUGGCACCCCAUCACGCCCGGCGGGGUGCUCGUGCUGGGACAGGAACAGGACAAGAUGGGUGGUCGUUUCGACGCAAUGCAGGCCUUUGUCGGCGAGUUGGCCGACCUACAGAUGUGGAACCGCGUCCUCUCGGCCUCCGAGGUGGCCUCCCUGGCCGGCUGCUCCAGCGGCCUACGCGGCAACGUCCUGGCCUGGAGCCACGAGUCCAUCGAGGUCCAGGGCGGCGCCACCAAGUGGCCGCUCGAGACGUGUGGCGAGAGGAUCAACUCGUGAUGGCGGUGGCCCGUCGUCGAGGUCGUCGUCAUCGUCAUCGUCGUCGUCGAGAUGGUUGUCAUCGUCGAGAUGGUCGUCAUCAUUGUCGUCGUCGAGAUCGUCGUCAUCGUCGUCGUCAUCAACGUCGUCGUGAUGGUCGUCAUCAUCAUCAUCAUCGUCGUCAUCGUCGUCAUCAUCAACGUCGUUGAGAUGGUCGUCAUCAUUAUCAUCGUCGUCAUCGUCGUCAUCAUCAACGUCGUUGAGAUGGUCGUCGUCGUCGAGAUGGUCGUCAUCAUUGUCGUCGUCGAGGUCGUCGUCAUCGUCGUCGUCAUCGUCGUCGUCGUCGUCGAGAUGGUCGUCGUCGUCGAGAUGGUCGUCAUCGUCGAGAUGGUCUUCAUCGUCGUCGAGGUCGUCGUCGAGGUCGUUGUCGUCGUCGUCUAGAUGGUCGUCAUCGUCGAGAUGGUCGUCAUCAUUGUCGUCGUCGAGAUCGUCGUCAUCAACGUCGUCGUGAUGGUCGUCAUUAUUAUCAUCGUCGUCAUCAUCAACGUCGUUGAGAUGGUCGUCAUCAUCAUCGUCGUCGAGAUGGUCGUCAUCAUCAUCAUCAUCGUCGUCAUCGUCGUCAUCAUCAACGUCGUUGAGAUGGUCGUCAUCAUUAUCAUCGUCGUCAUCGUCGUCAUCAUCAACGUCGUUGAGAUGGUCGUCGUCGUCGAGAUGGUCGUCAUCAUUGUCGUCGUCGAGGUCGUCGUCAUCGUCGUCGUCAUCGUCGUCGUCGUCGUCGAGAUGGUCGUCGUCGUCGAGAUGGUCGUCAUCGUCGAGAUGGUCUUCAUCGUCGUCGAGGUCGUCGUCGAGGUCGUUGUCGUCGUCGUCUAGAUGGUCGUCAUCGUCGAGAUGGUCGUCAUCAUUGUCGUCGUCGAGAUCGUCGUCAUCAACGUCGUCGUGAUGGUCGUCAUUAUUAUCAUCGUCGUCAUCAUCAACGUCGUUGAGAUGGUCGUCAUCAUCAUCGUCGUCGAGAUGGUCGUCAUCAUCAUCAUCAUCGUCGAGAUGGUCAUCAUCAUUGUCGUCGUCGAGAUCGUCGUCAUCAUUGUCGAGAUCGUCGGGUCAUGGACAGUGUCAUUAUUGUCGUGGGAAUCCUCAAGGUCACCAUAAUCGCCGUCAUUGACUGUUUUAUUAACAGACGUUUAUCUGUUACACGUACGGAGAUAAGUUUCGAAUGUAAUUCAUCUCGCAUUGAUUUUUGCUGCCAUUCGAAUCGACUAAACACGCCCCAGCCACGUGUACUUUGUAACCAUGGAUACGCCACGCACUGCCAAUCAAUGCCGCUGUGCGUGUACAUUUAAUGAAAGCCGGCCUCUGUACGAAGCAACAAACUCGUAACGUCAAUCCAAUUCGCAAAUUUCCCCCCACAUGUCAUUGUAAACGUAGCCAGUUAAUCCUUAACGAGGUCAUCAUCUUCAUCAUGGUCGCAGUCUCUCAACCACCGCCAUCAUCGUCAUGAAGGUAAGCAUGUCUUGCCGAGGUCAAGUCGUGGAUGCACCUAAACUUUCUUAAAUUAAACUGUGACACGACGGGGAUUGUGUUGGGCUCUCCGCGUGUGAAGUAUUGAGUAGCCCACGUAUGUAAUAUGAUCAAAAUCGCGUUUUUUCGUCCACGUAACAUAUCUCCAUCUCAUCCGAAGACCUACAUUGUCCCUUCCUGAUGCGGAGGGAUGGUGCAUGCCUUUAUUUCAUCUCGGUUGGAUUACCGUAAUGCCUUGUUUGCUGGCGUUUCUAAAAGUGUUUUUAAAUAGAUUACAAUACAUUCAAAACUCAGCUGCCAGGGAUUUAACCAGAUUCAUAUCGUAUGACCGUAUUACUCAGAUUCUCUCGUUCCUGCACAGUGCAGAAAUCGCCUUCAAUAUUGUGCUUCUCGCGUUUAAGGCCUUGCAUGGGCCGGCUCCCAAAUAUCUCGCCGGUCUGCUCGAGUUUUAUACAGCACUGCGAAAACUUACAUCAGCUGAUUCUGGUCGAGUCGUCAUUCCAAAGACGAUGUUCUCUGGGAGACACGGAGUUUCUUGCAGCCAGGGCGCCGAGAUUGUGGAAUCCCCUUCCUCGAUCCAUUCGGUAUUCCGAGCCUGUGACACUUUUUAAAUCAGCAUCUUAAAACUCACCUGUUUCUACCGCAGCCUUUCCCCGAAACUGAAGACUAACAAAACAAUGUUGUUGUUGUCUGUUUGGAUUGCGCUGCAAUAUAUUAUCAUUCGCUUUUAUCAUAGUUAUUUAUUUUAUUGAAAUUUCCAGGGCAGUCCUCGAUACUGUUAUCAGCUUCCUAUUUCGCUUCAAUUACAUCUCCACUUGUGAGUGUAGUUUUAUUUUCAUGGACAGCGCCUUGAGACACUGCGAUAUGAAAGGGGCUUUAUAAAAUAGAGGUUAUUAGUAUCACCACGUUAGGCAGUAUUAUCAUAGUCUAUAUCGCCAUCACCACCACCAACCAGCAUCUGUUAACCCACCUCCCAACAUCUUCUCUAAUGACACCCCCAACCCAUUACUUCUCUCUCCCAUCUCUUCCGCAUUUGAAAGCAGCACGGGGUGGGGGGAGGGGGGGUGUUGUCCGUUUCUAUUCCAAAAAAGCGAUGAAAACUCGUAAAUCGUCCCCAUCGCCGGCGACGCACGGACCGGGGCCCCAAGUGAAAGCAACCGGCCUCCCCGCUCACGCGCAACGGCGUCGUUGGAAGCCCUGGGUCGCGUGUGACAAUUCCACAUUCAUAUAUACGCCGGCGUUCAGAUUACUAUCCAUGGGACAAGUACUGUGGACUUACCCCUCUCCCCAAAAACAAAUCGGUUGGUACUUAUGGUUUGUCGACCACCCCCUCCCCCACCCCCCGGCAGAAUAAUGUUGAUUUCGCCGAUGAUCGUUAUAACGAUGAUGACGACGAUGAUGAUGCCAGUGAUGUGAGCCCACGAUGCACGUGACCUACUUAAAGGAGUGACUGUGGGGGCAUUGCCCGACACGUGGCGAUUGUCGUCGUUAUGUAAGUGUCCUGUUUAUUGUUGUUAUUGUUUCGCACGAGCUUGUGCUGGAGGUUUAAAUAAAGCGACCUGUGUCUUGACC